GGCCAAACUUCAGCGAAACAGACCAAAACAAUAGCAGCCGUCGAUAGUCUUUGUAAAUACAUGGUUUAUAUUAAAUUUUCACCUUAAAACCACUGCAAAAUACAUUACAAAACAAUUGGAAAACAAUAAAUACAUGUUACAGUAGCACUGAAGUGUUUUAAUGUAGUUCCAUGAGGUAAAAAUGAAUUUUUAAUUUUAUUUCUGUAGAAAUAAUAAAACGCACUAAAAUAAGGGAUUACCUUUUUUGCCUUUUAAAAAUACAUUCAACGAAGUUCCAUGAGGUGAAAAUGAAUUUCUAGAAAUAAUAAAAAGCAAUAUAAGUCAAGUACUAAAAACAGUUAUAGUUACAAAGUAAAAGUUAGUAAGCCUAAGCCUACUUAAUACUACCACUAGUCACUAGUAAUGAUUAACUAGUAAUAGACUAGGACUAGUAACUAGUAGAACAAUCAGUUUAUUGGAAAUUAUUUUAACAACUGCUCCGGUGAGUCUGAGUUGUCUUUACCUUGUGACGACGUGUCCUAAUUGUUUGACUUUCUUGACUCUACAGUCCUUAUAUUAAAUAUAAAUGCAUAAUUAUAAAAUUUUAAAAUGUAUGAGACUGAGAGAGACUUUCAUUUAAAGUUUAAGACUAAAAGAGUUCUAAGACUAAGGAGGAUGGUAAUGGCCAUGGAGUAUGGCCUAUAAUGUAUUUAUUUAAAUUUAAAAGUGACUAUUGUCAUUGUCACUAUUGACAAAAUUAUUGAGAAACUGUGUUGUAGUUCAAGUUAAAAUGUAGAAAGUGUCUAUUGGUAGUUUACUACCUAUAGCUUCUAGUUAGGGCAGGGAGCUAUUUGUAGUAAAGUACAAAUAGCUUCUAGAGAGCUAUUUGUUAUUUGUAGUUCAGCCAAUCAAAUCAAACCAAAAUCUUAUCUUAAAAAAUCUGCUUCCAAUAAUAAGGCUGGCGAAGUAUUGCCCCGUUUAUUUAUUACUAGUUUGUACUAGUGACAACACCUCGGCACUAAUUAUAAAAUCUACAGUACUGUUUUAAAGUUUGAACACUAUCUGCUGUAGCCUUCCCCAAGCUCAGAUUUGGCCAUAUUGCUAUAUAAUUUAUAAUAUAGACCUAAUAUAAUAUAGAUAGAUCUUAGAUAGAUGUAUGAUAUUACUGGGGGGAAGGGGGAUCAUAGUCUGAAAAAAAUGUUACCCAGCUUCUUCUUUGCCAAGGCCAAAGUAAGAUGUGCAGUAAAAACAAAAUCCACUGUAAAAAUUUUGUGUGCUAAUUAUUAUGAUUAAAAUUAUAAAUUAAAAUACAGGCCUAAAUAAUUACCAUAAGAAGUUUUACUACGACUACAUACAAUGUGUGCAUAUUAAAAACAAAAUAUUGUUACUUUAGUUAAAUGAAACUGUAUAAUAACAUGAUUAGGCUUAACAUGAUAAAAUAAGCUUAGGCCAAACAUUGUUUAGGAACAUGAUCACAUAAACCAACACCACCCGACCCUGCUUUGAUUUUCUGUUGUUGGGAGAAAUGACUACUGAGUGUUAUUUACAUUAAUGAGCACUCAUUAACUUAUAAAGGCAUUGAUAUUUUUUAUGUACAAUUAAAAAAUUUCAUUGGGUAUAUUGUGCAACUAUAACACAAAUUAAUCAAUUUAAAUUUAAUGUCUAUGAAUCACCAUUUACUAUUUAUUUUUUAAUGCUAUGCAGAGUAUGCAGAAUCAGUGUUUUUAAACUGCACAUAAUUUUGAUGAAAACAUAAGCAGUGAUACAUAAAUAAAAUAAAAUAUAUACAAAGAAAGAAAAAUAAGUGUAUUAUGUCUUGAAAAUCCGAUUGGAGUGAAUUUAUGACUAUGAGACUAAACGCAAACAAUAAAUUUUGUUGCCACAUGUUUUUUUGUGUGGCCACAUACAUACUUUAGAGUGAUUUCAGUAUUGUAAUCAAAAAUAAAUUGUGACCACCAAUAAUUAUUGCACUACAUCAAUAUAUCACCAAUUGGUAGUUUUUUAUAGUAAACUACCAAUAGCCGCUUAGAAGCUAAUGGCACUGGUAGUGGAGUACCAAUAGCUCUCUAGAAGCUAUUGGUAGUUUACUUCAAAUGCUCCCUAGAUGCUAUUGUAGUAAAGUACCAAUAGCCACGGCCAAAAUGUGAGCCUAAUGUUUUUUCCUUCAAGUAGUUGAAGACUUUAUAAAAGUUAAUCAAUAGGCCCAAUUUCAAUUAUCACUUACUUAGUAGGACUUUUCCUUACUUCCCCCUUGACCCUGGAGUCCCUUGUCUACUCAUACUGACUUUGGUAUUAAAUAUUGCUAUGAGUAGUUAGGCCUACAAUUAAGCCUAUGGCUAUUAUAUAAAUAUAAUAUAUUACCAGUGUUGUUUAAUUAGCCAUAUUGCCAUUUAUUUGAUAUAUAUAUAUACAUUUUAAUUACUUGUGAAUUUAAUUGCAUUAUCAUUAUUAUUAUCAUUAUCUAUUGUUGCAGAUUAGCAUAAAAUAUUUUGAAAUGACUACUCUACAAGUUCAAGGAGAAGACCUUGAAAUAUUUGGAACAACAUGCCAAUCUUGCAGUGUUCCACUUGAAGUACCUUGGAUUCGAUGUGUUAAGUGUCAGCCUAAUGUGGAUCUGUGUGCCCGCUGUUUCUCAUAUGGUGUUGAAUUGGGACAACAUGAAAAUGAUCACCCGUAUUGUGUUGUGGUAAAUUAGAAAAAAAUAAAAUAUUUCAGUUUAAGUUAUAUAUGACCUAUAUAUAUCAUGCAUUUUUGUUUACUCUUCAUUUUCAACAUUAUUCAUUUGUUGUCUUUAUAGUUUGUAUCUUUAAAAAAAAUUGAAGACAUUCAUAGUGCUGUGGAAAAAGAAACAAUUAAAUUUCAAAUGUGCUUCAUUUCUUAACUUAUAGUUAAACUUAUCUAAUUUCUGUUAUUCUAUUUUUUUUUUUUUUUUUAAAAGACAAGUAAAUAUGUUUAAACUUUCACUACUGUUUACUGACCAAUAUCUUUAAGAAAUUAAACCUAAAUGACUGACUAAUCAUUUUUUCCAGAAAUUUGAUUUUCUCAAUUAAAUUUCAAAUGUGCUUCAUUUCUUAACUUAUAGUUAAACUUAUCUAAUUUCUGUUAUUCUAUUUUUUUUUUUUUUAAAAGACAAGUAAAUAUGUUUAAACUUUCACUACUGGUUACUGACCAAUAUCUUUAAGAAAUUAAACCUAAAUGACUGACUAAUCAUGUUUUCCAGAAAUUUGAUUUUCCUCUUUAUGAAGCAAGUUGGACAGCUUCUGAAGAGAUGCGUUUGUUGGAUGCUAUUUUGGAAUAUGGCUUCGGGAACUGGUAAGGUUAAUAAAAAAAAAAUGAUUUAUUUAUUUAGGCUUGAUGGUAGCUGACUGAUAUAUAUAUAUAUAUAAAGUGAUAGUUUAAUCCCAUAAUUACAUGGGGGAGGUGUAUAUCGUUAUAUAUUCAAUUAUAGAGUAAAUUUAAUUAUGUUAAGGUUUAGAGAAAAAAAUGCAACACUCUUCUACUCAAGAAAAGAUAAUGAGGAUCAUGUUAAAAAUUAUUAAAACUGUUGGCAUACAAAUUAUGAGUGAAGCCAUUUGACAUCUUUUAUCAAGAUGAAGGAAUUUAAAUUGAAUUUUUAAAAUGCAGUCAAACCCGCUUAUCUCAUCCUCAGUUAACUCACCAACACUUACAUCAGCGUUUUUGAAGUGGAACCGCCAAAUUCUCUCUUUGUCUUAACACUUUCUCCUUGGUUAUGACAAUUCUUUUAUGUUGCCAAACCCUGACAUCUCGAGCACAAAAGGCGGCCAAAUUUGCCACUUAACCUCGGUUAUCUCAAUCCCCAUGAUUAAUCCCCGGCUUUUGAAAAUUAUAUACAACAGAAACGUGCCUACUUCAGACUGUAGUAAUUGAAAGGAAAUGAAAAUAUCGUUGUCCGGACAAUUAACUUGACACAGCAAGAAGCUAUGAGUGAGAGGCUUGCAAAAAUAAAAAGAGUGGUUGCAUUACGCUUGUCGCUUAUUAGGCGUACACGUGUUAUUACAGGUUGAAUUUCGUUUUAAAACCCAGAAUCCAUAUUUGAAAAAACUGAACUGGCGAAUUUGGAGCGAGAGAAAAAUAAAAACUCGUGAAUCCGGAGCUGAAAAAUAGUUAGCCUCACAAAUUCGGAAUUCCUGGAUAAUCUGGAAAAGUGACAUCCCACAUAUGCCUUAUGCUGUGAGCAAACAUGUAUGGACAUUUUUAUAGCAUGCCGAUGGCUUCAUCAAACAACUUGCGGUAACGCUGUUGUGUAAUAGAAACCUCUAAAAACAUGUGCAUGUACAUCUCCUUAAUGAACGCACAUUGCGUACGUAAAGAAAUUUCAAGCACAUGUUAAUAUAUUGCCGCCAUAUUGGUUUCUGUUUAUCUCGAUCAUUGGUUAUCUCGACGCUUUUUGGCAAACCCCGAGGCCUACAACAUAACUGGGCACUACUGUAACGUUUUAUAUUUUUCGGGUCCAUCUGUCCAGCUUUAGCAAGUAUUGGCAGAUUGUAAUUUAAUCUAAUGUGAAGUUAAAUUUUUUUAGAAUUUUCUUAUCAUAUUUUUAUUAUAUGUUUUAAAUAGGCCAGCAGUAUCCAGUAGAAUGAGAACAAAAUCAGCAAACGAGUGCGAAAGACAUUACUUAAAUUGCUAUGUUGAUAAUCCUCAGGCGCCAUUGCCAGGUAUGUUUCUUUACUUCAUUCAGGUAGUUUUCGUAAAGGCUUUUUUUUAUUUCUUAUCAGUGCAUUUCAAUCUAAAUGAUAAGUAAAUAUUCACAUUCAAUCCCCUGGCUGUGCAUCCUUAAUACUAAUACACAUUUUAAAAAUUACAGUGCAACUGUGGGUUAUAGUUUUUUGUUAAACGCAGUUAUUUUUAGUGAUGUUUGAGUUCGGUACUUAAUUAAUAUUUAUUCCAUUCUCUUCUGUUUUGUAUACAAACCAUUUUUUUAAUUUCAAAUUAAUUAUAAAUUACAUUUGGAUCUUGGGGCUAAUAUAAUUGAUAUGGUUUUCUUCUAUUUACUGACAACCCAAUGUCAGCAGAAAUGUAUAUAUUAGAUUGUCGUGACAACCUCGACUUGCCAAUAAACAGAAUGAAGAUGACUAAAUAUAUUCAACUGAAAAUGUGAUAGUAUCUUCCAUUUGAUUAAUUCAUCUUUUGAUCAAUGCCGUUUGAUUGAUUCAUCUUUUGAUCAAUGAUUUGAUUCAUUCAUCUUUUGAUCAAUGUCAUUUGAUUGAUUCAUCUUUUGAUCAAUGUCAUUUGAUUGAUUCAUCUUUUGAUCAAUGUCAUUUGAUUGAUUCAUCUUUUGAUCAAUGCUAUUAAUUUCCUCAGACUUUCAAGACGCAGAGUGUAUCAAUAAAGGAGCUCCGGUAACCUUCAAAUGUAUAACAUGGUGACACGGGACAAUAUCUUUAAAUAAAAGAUUUUAUUUUACAAUUAUUAUUACCAUGAAAAUCGUUGUAUAUACAGAAUUAAUUUUCUGUGGAAUAGCUUCAAAGUGGUUAUGUCUCCAUUUAAGCUGGGCUCUACAAUAUAGUUUAUGUGAAAGAACUGAUAUCAAAAUAUUUUUAAAAUUUGUUUGAAUAUCAGAAAAGUUUCUCUUAUCUGACAAGAAUUAGCUAAAGAAUGAUAUUUUCAUUUCAAUUUUUGUUAUUGUAACUUUUAAUUUUGUAAUAAAGUUUAAUAACUUGUUUUUCUUUUACUAAAACAUAUGAUGCGGUGUGAGGUUUAGUUCCACUGCAAAUGAAAAUAUGUUGAAAAUGACAUUGCAAAAUUUAAUUUAUCCUUUCAUAUUUUACUUAUUUAAAAUGCAAUCUGUGACAACGCUAAUGCAUACUCUGCACACCUGAUUAUCUUAUUUUUUAUAGUAUCUGAAAAUCCACCUCGACCAGCCGAUGGCACCGCUUUGUGGGUGGAAAUGGGAGGCUACUCUGCCGCAAGAAGUGAAUUCAAUGUAGAGUAUGACAAUUUUGUGGAGAUGGAGAUUUGCCAUAUGAACUUAGGUGAAGAAGAUGAUAAAGAUAAUUCAAUGCAAGAGGAAGAAGACGAUGAUAAGGUUUUAUACAGGGGUGAGCAAAAAUAAUCUUGUUUAUACAUUAUAAGUCUAGUCAAAUAUUGAAAUUUAAAAAUUCCGAUUAGAAAGUUUUAAGAACCUGGAUCAAAAACUUAAAUACAGUUGUAUUAGAAAAUAAACUUGAACAAUUAGGAAAUUUAAUAAUUUCUAACUUAUAUUAAGUUUGUGAUCUAGAGUCCUCAAAGGUUUCUUGUGAAAUCUACAUAUUAAUUUUUAAAUGGCUUAAUUAAAAAAUAUUUUAAGACAUUAUUGCUUUUGGACUUAGUACUAUUAAUGAUGUCAUGUUAUUCUUGUUUUUUUUUGUAUCCCCCAAACCCUUAUGGUUGCAAAAUUGUGUCACCCUCAUAACACAUGGUCACAAAUUAGUGACACCCUCUCCCACUCCACCCCCUAGAUGCCUGAUGUCAUUUAGUAGGAACUCUUCCCCAUUUAACAAUAUUCCUACAAGAAAUACUUAAAUUUUCAUAUGUUUAAAAAAAAAUAUCUGCUUUUUUUUUUCUAGAUUUAAAUUUGGCUGCCCUGGAGGUUUACAGAAACUGCCUGAUUGAGAGACAAAGAAGAAAACAGUAAUACAUAAUAAGAAAGCUAUACAUUCUAUAUAAUCCUUAGAUAAAUGAGAGAAAAUCUGCCAGGUUGACAGCUUGGGGAUUGGUACUUAUCGUACACUGGAAGAGAGUGUUGUUGCGUACCGUUAUGAUUUUGAAGAUUUAAUCGGUUUUAAGAUUUGGCUGGUAGAAUAAACAAUACUUAACUAAGGACUGAGAAAAACAGCAUGAAAAGAAAACAAUACCAAAGCUUGUGAUAGUAACAAUAUUUAAUUUAAUUAUUAUAUUAAAUUUUAAUACAAAUUUGAAUACAGAAACAAACUAAACACAUGGCUAACAAGGAGAAAAAUUGUCUCAUGAAAUGGCAGAUACUCUUUGGGAGGAAGGGAACCCUGAGUAAAAAACCCUCUACUGCCAGAGGACAACAUUUUCCUUUACUUUGGCUUGGGUUUUUUUUUAAAUGGGCGUCGAAUAACAGAAAGAAAUAGCAGCGUUGGUCAUUUUGGGUCAGAGUUUAAAACAUAACAAUGAUAAGGCCAGGGUACGAGAUUUUUAAUUGGGCCUUAUGCUUUGUCUCACUAGGUAUCUGAAACACUAAAAGAAAUCAAUUGUUAACACUAAUAUAAAAACAGUUGGCAAAUAUUAACAGAUGACAGCUUGCACAAUGAAAGAUUUAUUUUCGUGCCAUGCACAUUAAUUAGGCCAGAAAACAAAGCUCAUGAGUUGUCUAUUGUGGGUAAAUACAUUAAUUUAAUGAAGUGGCUAUUUGUACCCGGGUAUCAAAAGUGAGAGGUUGGGAUUAAAAAACUAUUUAAAAUUUAUUGUUGGGUUUGAAAAACAAAAUGAGGUAUCAAGUAAAAGAUAAUUGAAUGGACUAUAUGUUUGUACACUUAAUUCUUCAGUUUAACUAACAUAAACUACCACUAAUGACAUCCGAAUAGCACUGAGUAAAAAUGGACCCAGACAUGCAGCACCACCAUUCGCACCCAGGUACCAUUAGACUCAAGCUAUUCCAAUGUCAUUUGUGGUAGUUUAUUUUAGUUAAACUGAAGAAGUAAGUUUACAUAUAGUCCAUUCAAUUAUCUUUCAUUUGAUACCUCAUUUUGUCUUACAAACCCCAACAGUAUUAUUUUAAAUAGUUAUUUUAAUCCCAGCCUCUCAGUUCUGGUACCCGGGUGCGAACAGUCGCAGCCUUAAUGUAAAGUAACAGCUAUUUAUGUUUUUUCUUCUUGUUAGCAUUGUCCGUGAAAAUGGCCUCAUUAAUCUCAGGAAGUGGUAUGGUAAGUGUCUUUUGUAAUCUACUGAGAGCUUACGCCUAGGAGGCGAUUAAAGGAAGUUAAGUCAUUUUUAGAUACCUCAUUAUUAGAAUUCAAGCCAGUGUUAAAAUUGUCUUGGCCCACACAUGCUCAUAAAAUUAUUCAUACCUAAAAAAUGAUUUUAUUUUUAAAUGCAAAGUGGCUCUCCUGGUAUGCCAAAUUUUUAACAGGGCUGUUCCUAAGAUAAUUGUGAAUUUCUUCUUUGAUGCAUUCUUCAGUUUUAGACAUGAAAUUUUUUUGACAAAUGAAAUGGUUUAAAAAUGCGUUGUGAUAAUAUUUUAUUUAAAACUCACAGGAAUCAUCAAUAUGUCAUUAUUUUAUUUAACACAGGAAUCAUCAUAAAGUCAUUACUUUGUUUGACACAGACUUUUUCGUAAAGUAAUUAUUCUAUUCAACACAGGAAUGCUCAAGCGCCGCUUUGAUUCUUGCUUAUCUUUCGACUACAUGCGUCCAUUCAUGCGCCUGUUUCCUUCCAUUACUUUUGACAAAUACCUGGAGAGUCUUCUUUGUAAGUCUUUUUAUUUAGUGAAUCUUUUUUUAGUAGACUCUAUUGUGAAUAAGUAAAAAAAAAUAUUCUCCAGCGUACAGUGGUUUAAAUCAGAAUGCUUAGAAUAAUACCGGGUAUAUAUAAUAAAAUACUUAAAUUUUAAACAAAUUCUUUUCUACUUUAAGUUUUGAUAAAAUUAAAUUCAAAACUGCUAGAUUAUUUUAAUACUGGUAUCAAAUUGAAUUUAAAAAAUUAAUUUAAGCUUCCCUUCAUUUGUGUGGUGUUUAAAUGUAUUUAAAAUCAUUAAAUUGAAAAACAAAAAAAAAUAUUUUUAUGCUGAUAUGAAAUAUGAGCAUCAACCUUUCAUUUUAAUGUUUCUUAACCUCAAAUUUUUCAUUUGGAUCAAUUCUCUUAUGUUUGAUUUUAAAUGAGGUUUUUGUUCGGAUCUUUGAUGCAUAAAAACCUGUUUGUGUAGGUUCUUUUCUUAGCUAUUGGCUUUAAAUUACUUUUAAUCAAAUCUAGAAUGAUUUCCCUUUGAUAAACAUCCAGAUUUUCUUUAAUUCAAUGAGUUUUUAAUUGUUUAAAGGGGUUGUUUUGAUUAUCUGUUGUUUUUUUUUGUUUACAAACAUGAAAUUUUGACCUGACUCAUCUGGCGAUCGAUCUAAUAAAGGUUGAAAAUAUUACUCUGAUGAAGAUUCAGAAAAUGAUUUUAUGAUUUCACAUGCAGAGGCUGAUUCUUUAUUAUCGUAUAAUUAUAACCCUAUUUGUAGUAUUAGUCCUAGUGACGAAAUAAUGAAAUUGAUAAUUCAUCAGCUGAUGAACAACCAGCCCCGCCCCCAGCUAAAGUGCCUUCUAGAAGAGCUAAUACUGUUCUUACUAUAAAUAAUGUAGAUUAUAAAAGGAAAGCUGCUGAUCUUAGCUCUAAAAAUGAGUGAAAUUUCAGAUUGAAAAAUGUAGGUGUAAAUUUGGAGCUUGUAUUGUGACUAGUGAGUAUGCUGCCUACAGAAUUAAAAUCAACACUCCGGCCAGACUUAUCAGAUCAAAACAUUAGCAUAUAAGCGCUAAAAGGACAGUGUGCAAACACCAUAGAACAGGGCGAACUUCUUCUUCUAUAUAUUAAGGGCCCACGAUCAAUUUAUUGAUCAUUUUGGCUCCUAUGAACUGUACCGGUAUACGUUUGUGCUGGAUGUGAGUCAAAUCCGCACAUCCCAAUGGAUUGUUUUCAGGGUAACCAUAGCUAAACCCAGAUGAAAAGAUAUGACAAAUUUAUGGUAAUUUUUCCAUUUACCAUAAUAAAUGUUAGUACAUACAAGGAUACAGUUGCAAAUAUUUUCUAAAGCAACAGAUUGCCUCCAGUAGAAAUAGUUUUUGUAAAUAAUGUGCUCUGGUGUUUUAUUUUUUAAUGUGAUCUUUAUUAUUUGUGAUGCACAUAUGGCUAUAGUUCAGAAAAAAAAACAUUUUUGUUACUCUUUGGAUUAUAAAUUUCUCUUUGUGUGACUUGGAAUGAGCGUCUUGUGAACUUUUGGUGAAAUUUUUUAAUUUAACAUUUGUAUUUUUCUUAAAUCAUAAUCACAUUUAUAUGUUAAAAUUUAAACCCAACUCUAUAUUGUUUGCAAAGAGCACGCAUUCCCCUUUAAUUCCAUACCAAACUUAACAUUUGCUGAUGAAAAACAAAAAAGUUACGAUGGUUUAGAGAUAACAUAGUAGUGCGUGACAAAUAUGCAAAAUAGAUAAUUCCAUCAGAACGUGGAAAUUAAUUUCAGAGAGAAAGAGUUAAUAAAUUUAGGUUGAACUUUUUUUGGAAAAAAAAUAGGGACUAGACUUUUAAUUGUUUUAGAAAAGAUUUAGUUUAUAAAAUAAGUUUAUAAAACAGUUUACAAAGCUGGAAAAAUAUUUUUUAGUUUAAUUUACACACACACACACAAAAUAGAUAAUAGGACAUUUUCUACUAGUUAUUGUAAUGUUUCCAUGAAAUUGCAAAGUUCUUAAACAUAAUAGAAGCUUCCUGGAAGACAAGUGAGACACGAUUGGUUCAUGUCUGUUGAAGUUUUUAUUUAUAUUAACACAGAUGAGAAGCAGCUCAAAUUGGACAUAUCGAAAUUGCAAGAGUACAGGCGCAACGGCAUAGUGAGGCUCCGCUCUGUUAAACAUUACUUUAAGUUGAAACACAGUCGAGAUCAAGUCAGGGGCCAGCGCCACCUUUUGUCAGAUGUUUUAAAUCAUUUAAAGGUAAGCCUUGGUCUUAACAAUUCAAUGCAGAUCCAGAUGAAUGAACACAAUAUAAAAAAAAAAGAUUUCUCUAAAUGUAUUGUUAUGGUUAAGUAAGCCAUCUGACUGAAUUUAGAGUGUCACAUGAUGUUACACGUGAAAACCCAACUUGUGUGUGUUUUAUUUUUUAAUAUCUUGGUUGGCUUCAAGCGAGUCAUCAUAUAGAUUUGUAUUGUAAUUAGUGUCACCUAAUGAAUCACUGAUGAGUGUGCAUCCUCUAAGCAAAAGCGCAGUAACACAGUUGUGUAGUGGGGGUGGGAUGCUGUAGUUAAGAGAUAUAAGUGGUAUAUUCAGUGGGGUGGGAUGUUGUAGUUAAGAGAUAUAAGCGGUAUAUUCAGUGGGGUGGGAUGUUGUGGUUAAGAGAUAUAAGCGGCAUAUUCAGUGGGGGUGGGAUGUUGUAGUUAAGAGAUAUAAGCAGUGUAUUCAGUGGGGGUGGGAUGUUGUAGUUAAGAGAUAUAAGCAGUGUAUUCAGUGGGGUGGGAUGUUGUAGUUAAGAGAUAUAAGCAGUGUAUUCAGUGCCGGGUAUAAAAAGGAGUAAAACUAACAAUAAAAAAAGAAUUAAUUUUUUUUUUUUAAUCGCAAAAGCUACUGCAAUAUAUUUUUUCAACCUGGUCUCUUUAAAAGCGUAGUUCUGACAGGUUCUAGCAUACAAUGGCAAAAGACAUCUCAAAAUCGUACAUUGUGCGCCAAAAUCGUAUUUAAAGGUUUUUUUCUGUUGUCAUAUUUAUGACCUCAUUUCACAGGAUGAAGUACUUUUUGAAUCAUGGCUGGUUAAGCAAGCUGCAUUGGAAAGUUCAUCCAAAGGUCUCACCCACACCUUGCCACAACUUUACAAGAAACCUGUCCCCCGUCUACAGAUUGAUUGUUUACCAGGCUAUGAUAAGCUCAAUGAAUUGGAAAAAGAGGUAUAAUUAUAUGUCAUAUAUUACAAUCAAUAACUGUAGUAAAAAAACUGAAAGAUUAUUUGCCAAUUUUAUUCUAGUUCUAUUACUUUCAGAUACAUUUAACAAAAGAAUGCUAAUUAUAUUGCAAUAGUUACAGGAAAUUUGUUCAAAGUUUGAUGGAAACUUGUUCAAACAGAAAUUUGUUCAAAAUCAAAGGAAAAAACACCCAAAAAUUCAUUUUAUUAAAAGGUUUGCAUUUUCCCAUUCUUCAAUUGCACCUUACCUUAAAGUGCUUAAAUCAGCGGUUCUCAGCCAGUGGGUCGCGACCCCUUGGGUCGAACGACCCUUUCCCAAGGGUCGCCUUAGACUAUCGGAAAACACACAUCCUCUACAGUUAUGAAGCAGCAACGAAAAUAAUUUUGUGGCUGGGGGUCGCCAGAACAUGAGGAACUGUAUUAAAGGGUCGCGGCAUUAAAAAGAUUGAGAACCACUGGCUUAAAUAAAUAAAUCUCUGUAUAACAAAUUACAUUUCCAAAACUUCCAUUCUAACAAAUUUACAUUCAAAUAAAUUCCUUUCGCACAAAUUUCCGGAUACACAUUUCUAUAAUUGCCAAUUUAACAGAUCUUUUAGAAUCUCUGGCUAUGUAUGGGGAUAAAUAAAUUAAGACAUUGGCCCUGACCUCCACACUCCUUUGAAAAGUAAAUUCUAUUUAUCAUUUUAUGCAUUGGUGGCCUUGAUAUUAACAGUUCUUACAUUCCUGACCUCAUGGUGAUAACUUCAUCAGUAUUUGUAUGCCCACAAUAUGCUGAAAUAUAUUUAUUGAGAUCUUCUACCUUUUAUUUAUAAAGUCGAAUUGGUAUUUUAAUAUUAGUAACACUGGGUCAGUUAAGGGGAAGAGUAACAGUUAUUUGGUUACUGUAUAUCAGAGAAUUUUUUUCAGUGCAUCCCACAAACUAUUCCACAAAAUUAUAAGUGCCUCUUUCCUAAAAAUGCUCAAUAACGAAAUAUAAAUAAUUAUAACUCAUUUAUUUAAGAGAACUUUUGAAUGAAUUGGUAUGUUUCUAUAAAAUAUUCAAUUAUGAUUUUCUGACAUGAUUAUAUUUGAUAUUUCACUCAGCUUUGUGCAGAAGUGCGUCUGGUACCCCAGGCCUACCUUGACUUCUCAAAAAUCCUCAUCAAUGAAUGUACCAAACAUGGUUUUCUACGACUCGCCCAGGCGCGGACACUGAUCAAAAUUGAUGUGAACAAAACCAGAAAGCUCUUUGACUUCCUUGUUCUACACAGACAUAUUAACAAAGAACCAGCGUCAGAUACUUAAGUUUGGUGCUAUGUGAAAUUGAGGAAAAUAAACAACUUUGUUUUGUCUCAACUCAUACCUCUGCUGUCAAUAUGUUGACUGUGUGGAAUAAACUAUGACUAUUGAAUUUUUCAACGUGAUGGGCUAUCCAUAUAUUGUGUAUGCACUGAAGGGGGA